UAUUUUCGUGCUCGCGUUCGUUUAGAAACACUCCGUUCACGUUUCACUUUUUGACCACAAUCUUUGUACACAAUGACAACACAUUAAUAUUUGUUAUUCUAACAAUUAAAAAUUAUAUCGAGAUGCUACACGGGAGUCCAAAUUUAGUAAGAUAUUCGAAACAGCCGCAUCACGAUGACGACGAGCAGCAGCACGACGAUGGCUUAUUUGAACUCCCUUCGUUCUUUGUUUUAACUUUUCAGAGAUAUGAGGGGGAAAGCAAAGACGGGUACUUCCAUGGGAGAGGCACAGCCACGUUUAAAGGAGACCAUUCUUAUACGGGUAUAUUCUCCAUGGGAACUAUGCAUGGAACCGGUGUCUUCACAUGGGCCGACAAGGUGACUUAUGAGGGCGAGUUUGUGCGCAACAUACCGAUGGGCCAAGGCAAGUACAGUUGGCCAGACGGCAGCACCUACGAAGGUGACGUGUGCAAUGGCGUCAGGCAUGGCAACGGAACGCACAAAAGUGGCAAUGCCAUCUACAAAGGUCAAUGGAAUCACAGCAAGAGGCACGGAAAGGGCACAGUGUAUUAUAACCAGGAAGAGACUUCUUGGUACAAAGGCAACUGGGUGAUGAACAAAAGAGAAGGAUGGGGAGUAAGACGCUACCCUUCUGGUAAUAUUUAUUUUGGUGAGUGGAAGCAUAAUUUGAGAAAUGGAGAGGGCACCAUGAGAUGGCUGAACCUGGGACAGCUCUACAUUGGGAACUGGCAUGAUGGAGUCCAGCAAGGCCACGGUACCCACGUGUGGCUCAUGAAGCGAACAGAACCCGGAGCUGAAUUCCGUCUCAGCAAUCAGUACACGGGGAAUUUUUUUCUUGGGUUAAGACACGGACCAGGCACUUUUUAUUACGCUGGCGGUGCCAUCUAUGAGGGUGGAUGGCAGAACAAUAAAAAACAUGGGAAGGGGAAAGUUACCCUCAAGGACGGCUAUGUUUUCCAAGGACAAUUCCUUAAUGACAAAAUGGUGACCCCCAAUAUGACAGCAAACCAAGCUCCUGUUCUACAUGGUAUGGACGAAUCUUCUCUCGGACCAGACAUGACGGUCAACAUCGAUAGCCUUUUGGAGGAGAUACCUCAGAAAAAACGAGACGUUGAGCACAAACAGGUGAGGUUUGUUUUGCUGAGGCACAAGACGGAGCUGAGGUCCAUCUAUCGUUUCUACAGCCGACUGGGCCAACCCCAGAUUCCGGGCGGCGCCUUCCUGCUGUCCCGCAUGCAAAUGUGGCGCAUGCUUAAAGAUUGUUACGUCCACCAUCGCGGCGUGACUUUGGUGGAAAUCGACCUUUACUUACGAGAUAACCCAGAUCCAGCAGAGGUUCACUCCCCCUUCACUCCCAUAAUGCUCAGCCGGUUCCUCAGUUGCCUCGUGAUCAUCGCUUAUUACAUCUACCGUAACGACGCGGAGUCAUCAAAUCACCUUCUUGCAGCAUGUUUCACAAAACUAUUGGUUGAUGAUAUAUUUCCAAAUGCCAAAAAUGUAAAAGGUUUUCUUUUUAAGCCGCCGGAGCGUACCAUUGUGGCUGUGGAUUUCCUAACGAAAAGCUGGAAGGUUUUUCAGGCCUACUCCAGGGUCAACAAAGCUUCCAGGGAUGACAGAACCAUGACCAAUCGGCAACUUCUAUGGAUGUACGAGGAUCUCAAGCUCUACGAUAGUAAUUUAACCAUCGUGAGGGUCAUCGAGAUCAUCUGUGCAGAGGCCCUCGACCCAGGCAACCAGUCCGCCUGCAUGCAAUUUGAGAUUAUAUUCCUGGAAUUCUUUGAGGUUCUCCUUGGCUGCGGCGAGGUCAAGUGUCAGCAGAUGACGGGUCCUUACCCCAAGAUAAGACCCUCUCGAUCUUCUUCAGCACUAGCACGUCAGUGGCAACAGACGUUAGCCCAAGACCGUGAACUGGAUGCUUGGAGUCAUAAGAUCCAUCACUUCUUCAACCAUAUGUUCUUCCCUGCCGUUGAGCUUCUCCAUUUAUUAUGAUUAGCAAGAUGCAACAGAGUUCAGCACACUAGAGAGCGCCAUUACACCAAUUAUGAGUUUUUCAUAAUAAAGUCUUUAAGACCCUUUCC